AUGAUAUAUUCCAUUUUCACUUGUAUUUGGAACAGGGGACUAACUGGAGAGCGUACAGUAAAAUGGUUACGGCUUUCAAAGGCCCUGACAGUACCUGAAACUACUAGUAUUCAUGAAGCUUGUCAUUGGAUGGCUACUCGUAGAGUUGAUGCGUUAUUGCUGACUGAUUCAAAUGCAUUACUCUGUGGAAUCCUAACGGAUAAGGACGUAGCAACAAGAGUUAUUGCCCGUGAGGUUAAUCUUGAGGACACACCUGUUUCAAAGGUUAUGACAAGGAACCCAGUUUUUGUACUUUCUGACACUCUUGCUGUGGAGGCCUUGCAAAAGAUGGUCCAAGGAAAAUUCAGACAUCUGCCUGUUGUGGAAAAUGGAGAGGUCAUUGCUUUACUUGAUAUAGCAAAAUGUUUAAAUGAUGCCAUUGCUCGUUUGGAAAGGGCAGCCGAAAAGGGAAAAGCCAUUGCAGCUGCUGUUGAAGGUGUUGAGAAACACUGGGGGACAUCUAUCUCUGGUCCUAAUACAUUCAUCGAAGCACUUCGAGACCGAAUGUUUAGGCCCUCUUUGUCUACAAUCAUUUCUGAAAAUUCAAAGAUUGUUACAGUUGCACCCACCGACACCGUACUAAUGGCAGCAAAGAAGAUGCUUGAAUAUCGAUUAAGCUCUGCAAUUGUAACAGUUGAGAACAAACCUAGGGGUAUUCUGACUUCAAAGGAUAUUUUAAUGCGAGUAAUAGCACAAGAGCUUGCCCCUGAUUCCACUCUAGUUGAAAAGGUGAUGACCCAAAAUCCAGAAUGCGCAACAGUUGAUACACCCAUUCUUGAUGCUCUGCAUUACAUGCAUGAUGGGAAAUUUUUGCACCUUCCUGUUGUUGAUAGAGAUGGAGUUAUAAUUGCUAUCAUUGAUGUACUUCAUAUUAUUCAUGCUGCUGUAGCUACAGUGGGGAGUACUGCUGGAGUUAAUAAUGAGACUACAAACACCAUGAUGCAGAAGUUUUGGGAUUCUGCCAUGACAUUAACUCCUGAUGACGAGGAAAAUACACACAGCGAGAAUUCCUUGAAAUUGGCUUCUGAAGGGGCAGAGACAGGGAGAUCUCUUCCCCAUCCAUCACUGACCCUGCCUAAUACCUUCGCAUUCAAAAUUCAAGAUAAGAAGGGCCGAAUGCAUAGGUUCAAUUGUGAGACCAGAAGUUUGGCAGACCUUUUAACCGCAAUACUUCAAAGAGUGGGGAAUGAUAUUGACCGUAACAACCUACCUCAGAUUCUGUAUGAAGAUGAAGACCAUGACAAGGUUUUACUUGCUUUAGAUAGUGAUCUUGCAGCAGCUAUGGACCAUGCAAGGUUAGCCGGUUGGAAGGGGUUAAGGUUGCACUUAGAUUAUUCAGGAGCAACUGGUCGUAGAUGGGGUUCUGGAUCGAAAGGUUUGGACUAUGCUCAGGCGGAUGCAUGGGCUUCUGCAUACAGUGCUGUCGCAGCUGGGGCUGCGCUGGUUGUCGGGUUAGGAGUAAUAGCAUUCUUGAGGCGAGCUGGUAAUUGAAUGUUUUUAAAGAAAUUCCCAAUUUAUGUAUGAAUUCCAGGGAGCAGCAGAAAUGAGUUUUUCUGAAAGUAGAAAGGCAGGCAAAAUUCGAUUUGGUAGGAAGCACAGUUAUGGAGUAAAUAUUGCAUGCAGCAGUGAUACCUUGUUAGCAAUGCUGACGUGGUAUCACUAACUAAUAAUAAAACAAUAAGUGGGCAAGGCGAACACUACAGGUAGUUUUUUGCUUAGAUAGAGAAAAAGUGGAUAAUUAUUUGUUUACAUGGAGGGUU